GAGGCAUGUUUUAAUUAACCUACACGGCUUGUAUUUGUAAUAACUCCUAUUAUCAUUAAUAACAAACCGGGUUACAGGUGAUUUCACCUACAACCCUUCCGAUUACUCACACUUAAUAUUUGCGUGGUAAUUUACACCAUCAAAUUGGCGCCGACCGUGGGACCUAUUAGAAAAAAGUCAUGGCCAGUAAUCAGGAAACCGUGAUCUCACAAAUUUCUACUCCCGCUGAGAAUGUCAUUUCAUUCCCGGGAGGAAGUUCCCAACCGUCAAGCCAGGUUCCUACCCCCAUAAUCACCAUUCCACCACCUAUCCCAUUCACUUCCCCCGUGAACCCUGUUCCCGUUUUUCCUUCAAAUUUCCCCGGACCCCUUGAUCCAAUGUACAGCCAGGCUCUUCAGAAUUUUGGACAUUUCAUGUCCAUGUUCCAGCAGCCGGGAGGGUUUUCACUUUUCAAUCCGGGAUUGUAUCCACAAUCCUCGCCUCAAACUAACGUCAUUCGCCCGAUCGUUCCGACAAACCUGAUCGGGGAGAUGGAUAAAGCUGGUCCAUCCCGGUCUAGAAGGAGCCGGUCCCGUAGGUCACAGACAAAGGUGACCUCGGACGGGGAUGUGCGUUCAGUGCACAGCAAAGACGAGGAUUGGGACGUCCCCCAGGCGAUCAAGAAGUUGAAGGGAAAGGCAGUUCAGCCAGAAGGAUCUAGGAGCAAGGCCUCAGUAGCUUAUCCACAGGGAAAUGGCCAAGUUGAAAAUGCUAACCGGACGAUAGUGGACGGCCUAAGGAAGAGGUUGGGAGAAGAAGGCCAUAAAUGGUUGGAAGCUUUGCCUCACACGGUCUGGGCGCAUAGGGUGACUUCAAGAAGGGCAACCGGAGAAACUCGAUUUGUGCUCACUUACGGAUGUGAAGCCCGGUUGCCAGUUGAAGCGGAAAUUCCAACAUUUAGAGAAACCGUGUAUCAGCCCGGCCAGAACGAGGUCGACCACCUAGCUGAGUUGAAUCUGGUGGAAGAACGAAGGACCAUAGCAGCUGUUAAGAUGGCCGGUUAUCAGAAGUCGGUAAAGCGGUAUCAUGACAACCGGGUAGGACCGCGAUACUUCCAGGUGCAUGAUGAAGUCUUGCGCAGGAGGGAUGCUAGUAAGCCUAAUGAGAGGGGCAAGCUGGCGCGUAACUGGGAAAGGCCCUAUCGUGUAAAAGCAAUUGUCAGACCGGGCACUUACCAGUUGGAGACUAUGGAAGGUGGCCGGGUCGAGCGACACUAGAACUCUCAUCACUUACGUAAAUUUUAUAGAUAAAGUGUAACUGGUUCCUGACCAUUAAUAAAAGUUCGCUCUUUUCGGAAAGAUUGUCCUCAUAUAUUAACCGGUAAUUCGUCGCGUACCAAUCUACCCGGUUAGACGUCCAAUCGAAUUGGACGUCUCAAAAAAAAAAAAAAGACUGGUCUGACCG